AUGGUACGUAUAACACCGCCUUGCAUUCCCAACAGCACCGCUGGCAGCGGCGGCGGACGCUCAUUCAAGAAACCAGCGGUAAAUGUAAUACAACCCUUUACUUCUUUUUGGUCUCUAUGCACAAAACAUGCUAGCCGGGCCGCCAAAAAGAUGGCUUCUGGUUCGCCAAAUUCUCCGUUGACUAAGCCAAAGCAACUUUUAAUGACCGUGAGCAACAAGGCGAUGAAAUUCCGGCGCAAGAAAAAUCCCGGCGAAAAUCUUGGUGGAGACGAGGAAGGACUGUGGAAGAGGACUAUAUUGAUGGGAGAGAAGUGUCAGCCGUUGGAUUUCUCCGGCGUCAUUUAUUAUGAUUGCGAUGGAAAGCAAUUGCCGGAGGCUCUCGGAAAAUCACCUCUCGCUCGUACCUUGCCGUUAUAUGCUUAA